AUGGCUGAUAACACAGCAGAGCUGGCACUUUCGGGGACCUCUGCCGCUCCCAGGGAUGCAGACAUUGGGUACAUUGGCGACAACCUCUUCCGGCUAAGCUUGACCAGGGAAAACAAGGCGGAGAUAUUUGAAUAUGGCAUGUCCAAGCUUGACCAGGGACAGCCUGAAGCAGAACUGAUGCUUCGAAACCUCACGACGUGGUGUCCCGAUGUUGUCGGUCAGUUUUCUCCACGCUCAUCUGAGACUAUCUUAGAUACGCCAUUUCGCCUCAUCUUCCCCAAUCAUCAUAAGCAUGGAUUCGAUAACGGCCUCUAUGUACGUCAGUACCUGGCAAUCUCUUAUUGCUGGCAUGUGGACGACUUUCCGUACCCACAGUACACGCCCCACGACCACUGGCCAUUCAGCAAACCUAUUGUGGAUGCUAUUCUACGUGCAAAGGGGCAUCCUCGCGAAGGCAUAUGGAUUGACCAGAUCUGUAUUGAUCAAAAUGAUUCUGUUGAUAAGCAGAGAUCAGUUGCGGCUAUGGAUGUUAUAUAUCGUUCUUGCAGGCGGUUACUCAUUCUGCUAGAAGAUGUGGAGCUUACAAAUGCAGAGGCGCGCUUGAGUGAAGUAUACAAUCUGCACACAACAGCUUCAGAUAGGAGCUGGCUACCUGGACAUGAAGCAAGAGCAGAAUUUUUAUCUUUUUACAAAAAGGUCAACAAAGCGCGAUGGUGGACUCGCGCUUGGUGUUUACAUGAGUUCAACACAAACGAGCCCUGGACCGACCGGAGACAGUGUGAUCUUCUCCGGAACGCCAUGUUUAUCAUGAACGGUCCAGGUGAUUCAACAGUGAAGAUGGAAUGGAUUAACCUGCAGCUCAUAAUGUCUGCUGCACUGGACCUGCUGCCGAUCGAGGCAAAGUUUGGGUCCAUGUAUUUCCAAGGCUGGACGAUUUUCACGGGCUUCAUCAAUCAGGAUGCUUCUCGAGUGGGAGAUGACAACACUAUAUGGAGGCCGAGCAUCAUGUCUGGUCACAAUGGUGUCGCACAGAAAGGAUGCCAGAACCCCGCCGAUCGUAUCAGUAUCAUGCUCAACAUGGGCGAGCGUGCUCUGGCAUACACCGGUGAAGCAUUGAAUAGAAAAGAGGAGGUCCUGUAUCUCAGUGCGCUUCUGGCACUCGCUGCAGGAGAAACGUAUCCAUUGAGUAUGAUGGACAGCAGACCGCUCAAUCUGAACGGAAGAGAUUCAUGGCUUUCACAAAGCAUCGCAUCGGGAGAGACAGUGAUCCCUAGAUUCCGAUUAGGAGGCGUUCAAGGGAUCCAUCAAAUAUCGAAGCAGAAAAUCGAGCUCGAUUUAAUCUUCUUCGACAGACCCUUGAUAACAGUAAACGACGAAGACCACUUUCCGCCCACUUACAACGUGUUCCCUGGCAUCAUACCGAUUACCUACCCAGAAAUGCAUGUGACUGAAGAUGUACCAGAGAGCCAAUCAGCAUAUUCGCCAAAGACUCAAUCGGCCAGCGAUAACGACCAGUACCGACGACGAUUUCUCGCUGCUUGUAUUUUGAACGGUCACGACUUUACAGCCAGGCUAUGGGAGCAGCUGAAACGCGAAGUCGUGAAGCCCAACUACAACCAGGGUGCACACAAGGACCUUGCGCCUAACCAGGCAUUGCGGAUACCGGCGCAGAGACUACUUGAGGAACUUGGCGCACCCAUAACCGAGAACACCCCAACGCCCUCAGUCUUCAAUGCGGAAGAAGCAACAUUCUUCCUAACAUGGGUCACAGAUCCACGAUCCAUGUAUUACGUCAGCUUUACUCUGCCACUUCGCGUACAAUGCACUAUCGAUGGUCGUCAAGCGAUGAUGACAUCUAUAUUCAGAAACGAGAAUUACAAUAGUGGUCCGUUAGAGGAUCUUCGCAUAGCGAUACCGACAGAUCUGGUCAACGUAGGCUGCAUCCCGCUAAGGUUUUGGAUCCUUCGGCCGGUGAAUGAUGACAAUAACAUCAUUUGA